AUGCUAACGUCGCUAGCAGCGGCUUCUUCCUUUUGUCUGAAGGUCCGAAAGAGGAUUCAUACUGAAGAGAAGCCGUACACCUGUGAUCAGUGUGGGGCAGCUUUUACCCGACAAGGUAGUCUAAGGAGUCAUCAGCGUAUUCACACUGGAGAAAAGCCGUACAAAUGUGAUCAGUGUGGGGCAGCUUUUACCCACCAGGGUAAUCUAAGGCUUCAUCAGCGUAUUCACACUGGAGAAAAGCCGUACAAAUGUGAUCAGUGUGGGGCAGCUUUUACCCAACAAGGUCAUCUAAGGAGUCAUCAGCGUAUUCACACUGGAUUUAAGGCUUACAGAUGUGAUCAGUGUGGGGCAGCUUUUACCCGACAAGAUUAUCUAAGGAGUCAUCAGCGUAUUCACACUGGGGAAAAGCCUUACAGAUGUGAUCAGUGUGGGGCAGCUUUUACCCGACAAGGUCACCUAAGGAGUCAUCAGCGUAUUCACACUGGAUUUAAGGCUUACAGAUGUGAUCAGUGUGGGGCAGCUUUUACCGAACAAGGUCAUCUAAGGCGUCAUCAGCGUAUUCACACUGGGGAUAAGCCUUACAGAUGUGAUCAGUGUGGGGCAGCUUUUACCGAACAAGGUCAUCUAAGGCGUCAUCAGCGUAUUCACACUGGGGAUAAGCCUUACAGAUGUGAUCAGUGUGGGGCAGCUUUUACCGAACAAGGUCAUCUAAGGAGUCAUCAGCGUAUUCACACUGGAUUUAAGCCUUACAGAUGUGAUCAGUGUGGGGCAGCUUUUACCCAACAAGGUAGUCUAAGGCGUCAUCAGGGUAUUCACACUGGAUAAAAAAUUGUCUGUGAUCAGUGUGGGGCAGCUUUUACUUGGAGAGCUCAGUUAAAGGUACCAAUUUAGACAUGUUAUGUUGUUCUAAAAAAAAAAACCUGGAUUUUGUUUUCAGUUUCAACUGAAAAAUUAAAAUUAGAUUUUUCACCAGUUUAUGUUCCAUUGAUCCAUUGUUCCAUCAUUUAAAUAAAAAAAGUUCUUUGUUGGAUUUCAGUUUCCCUCUCACUGCAAACUCACAACAAGAAAUAAGUGUCAGAAUAUUAGAAAAGAGUCACACAGUAGUGCGUUUUUCAUGUGGUUUUUAUCACCAUAUGUACUAUUCGUGCUGGAUUUAAAUUACCUCUGGACCUGCAAUAAUUCUAAAAUGACACCAUGACAUCUAUAUUUCGUUCAGCUGAUUAGAUAACUACUAGAUAAGUGAAGUCUGUGUUGUACUGCCCUCAUUCUGUUGAACAAUUCCCUUUAUUUAACACUUCAUUUUAAUAUUGAGUCAAAAGCAACUGAGCAGACACUUAAGCAUUAGAUUUCAGUGACUACCAUGUCACAUUCUGAAAAGGGACCAAAUUAAGAAAAAAGCGUUAUUGGCAUACAGUAUGUUUUAAGUUGCUAUGCUAACGGUAAAUUUGAUGGUAAAUGUAAUCAGAGCUUCUGAUGAAUCCCUAUACGUU